ACGCAGGUAGCACGGUUCCUUGAAACAAGUUGCAUUUGGAACCCAAAUUGCUCAUAGCGUAUGGAACAAACUUUGUCAUUGAAGCAAAAGUAAAACCUGGAAGGAGUCAGAUCUAUUUUAUUUGCAUAGAUUCGUACUUUGUUUGUAUUACUUACAUUAUUCUGAUCGAGUCUAGAAAAAAAAUGAAUUUCCAACAAUAAUGGCUCAAAUUCUUACGUCCACUUUGAUUUGCCUUUUCAUUUUAAACUCCUUUUUAGAUUGCGUGGAGGCGGAGACUGUGCUGAGUAAGGCACGUGAAUUGGAGGGGGAGUUGUUUGAAAACUACAGACGCUUCGUCAAGCCCAGAGACAACCAGACACAUCCGGUGGACGUCAAGUACUCGGCUGUGGUCCAGCAGCUGGUCGAUGUCGAAGUGGAGACACAACGAGUCACUCUAGUGUUCUGGAUGAGCAUGAUGUGGUAUGAUGACUUCCUCAAGUGGGAUCCGGUUCAGUUCAAAGACCUCCGAACCAUCUUCGUGAACCCCAACAGGAUCUGGGUUCCGGACAUCGUCAUUGCCAAUAGGCAGGACAAGAAUCCCAUCAUUGAGGACGUCACUCAGAUACUGGCUGCAGUCACUUAUAAUGGCAUGGUGUCGUGGUUCAAGCCGAUGAGUGUGUCUGUUCAGUGUGAGAUGAACACGAGGAACUUCCCCUGGGACACCCAGACAUGCAUGUUCGCCAUCGGAUCCUUCAACCACUUCGACAGGGAUAUAAAGAUCUCAAUGGGGGCCAUCUCAACAGGAGUAAACUUAAUAGAGCACCCCGAGUGGAGUCUGGUGGGCACCACUCCCCGAAACAAGUGGAUCCCCAUCCAUGACCACGUGACCAACCAGGUGCAACAGAAGAAUGGCAUCUACUUCGAGGUCUACUUCGCCCGCAAGCCCCGCUUCUACGUCAUCAUCAUAGUCGUGCCCACCAUCCUCAUCAGUCUGGUGUCGAUGUUCGUGUUUCUGCUGCCGAACAGCUCAAGUGAGAAGAUCACCUUCAGCAUGUCCAUGAUGCUCUCCUUCUACAUUAACCUGCUCACUGUGGCCAACAACAUCCCCAACACCAGCAAACACUACCCCUACAUCGGCUACUACUACCUCAUGUGCAUCUUCCUCAUCGCCUCCUCCCUCUUUCAGACAGCUCUGACGUUGACGAUGCACUUCAAGUACUCGGACACGAGUCGAGCCCCCCUUUGGCUGCGCACCUGUGUGUUCCGCACCAUGCAACUCAUCCUAAAGAUAAAGUUCCUCCGUCAUACUCUGCCGGGAGACCUGGCGGACUGUGGGGACAAGGGACAGGGCAAUGUCAGUGUCAUGACCAACGAGAUCGCAUCCCCAAAACCAGCCUUGCUCAACAUCAAUAGGAAGAUGGGAGAUGCAUCUACGCCCUCCGAGCUGCAGCUGAAACGUCUGCUCAAUAUACUCGGAAAGUUCGACUCAUACCGAUAUGAGUUCGACAAGCGACAACACAACAAGCAGAAACAGUCGUCAGUGAUAGCCGAGUGGCAGCUCAUUGCCAAAGUACUCGACAUCAUCAUCGGGUGUAUAUUCUUCACUGUCGCCAGUAUUCUCAGUGUCGUAUGUGUAAUGAUGUCCAAACAUGGUCCAUGAAUAAUGCAAAAAUGUCAACAAAAACGGCGGACAAAAUAGACUUUCGAACGCAUCAAAACAAAACAGAAUUUUUGAGUUAGAUUUCAACACGCAUGGAAAGCCUUUGAAUCUUUAGAUUAUUUAUUUUUUAUUUUGCACUUAAGAAUUUAAAAAUCAGAUAUAAGCUCAGUGCUGAUUUUAAUCUUUUCCAUAAACCCCGGAAGAGAGGGACAAUCUGCGCUAUUUCAUAUGAGCUUCAAUUGUAACUGAUUUGAUCUUCAUUAAAACAAUAAAAAAAAUUUAUUUGA